UGUCUAGUGCUCCUUUUAUAUAGAGGAUCUUUGAUGAGCAUUUUUACAGUUUGUUUUUAGCAAGGGUCAUCUAGAGCUGUAGUUUUUAAUUUAAAGGGACUGUUUGCAACAGUGUAAGAUGGUCUCUCCAUGGUGCACUUUUCUCCAGCAGAUAUCUGCAGCUGUGUUUCAGACGGACGGCAUGCCGAGUUCCCAGUCGAUGAUGUCCUUCCACUCCUGAUCAAAAAAAAAAAACAACAAAAGAAUUUCUUCCCAGGAAAAGACCAGUGAUACACUUUUGGAUCAUGACCAGUAUCCAUCCAUCUGUUUUAAUUGCUGCUUAUCCACAAUAGAGACUAGUGCCUUUUUCAUUGCAUCUCUAAAAACAGCACAGCACUCGUGUUACUACAAUCUUUGACUUGUGUUUUUGCAAUAUUCAUUCAUUCGUUCAUUUUCUAUAAAAAUCACAAGAUGUUCCUGUCAUAUUGAGGAUCUUUGCCUGGUGAUUUUUUUUUCAGUCGGUCCUUAAAAUAACCUUUUACCGGCGUUUUAUAUUGCUCCUAAUGCAGUAUUGAGCAUCUUUGACUAGUAUGAAUGCAGUAGGUAAUUGAAACAGCAGUGUGCCCUCACAUACAGAUUCAUGGAUUAGUGUUUAUUCCCAACAUAUCCCAUGAAACAGUCGACAUUCCUGUCAUAGAGAAUCUUUGACUUGCGUUUUUUGCAGUAUGUUUUUAAAAUCACAAAAUACUUAACUAGUGUAUUUGCAGAGGAACCUUUAAAAAAAUAGUAAGUGCACUGGUAAUAUGAAAGGUGUAGUGACCGACUGAUGAAUGUGCACAUAUUUUCGUCCAGCAGGUGGCACUGUGGCUCCUCCCCCAUCCUGACAAUGAUGGGGACCGCUCCCCCACACACCGGCGGCCCCUCCUGCCCAGACCGAGCAGCUCAAGCGUUGUUUUCCCUCCCCUGCCUGGAUGAUGAGGUACCGCACCGGGCUGAGGAAGCAGCCAGCAGCCGCAGAAUCACCAGCAUCGACAUCGGCAGACACGCACCCACGCCGCGGACAGCAUGAAGGCGACCGGUGGUGAGGCUCACCUGCAGACGGCCGAGUGAAGCGGCAGGAUGGCGGGGGGCCGGAGGGGACUUGUGGCCCCCCAGAAUACUUUUUUGGAGAAUAUUGUCAGGCGGUCGAACGUUUGGACACUGUCACAUAGACAGACAGACACCAACUUUGUCCUGGGGAACGCCCAGAUUGUGGACUGGCCCAUUGUCUACAGCAAUGACGGCUUCUGCAAGCUGUCGGGCUACCACAGGGCCGAGGUGAUGCAGAAAAGCAGCACCUGCAGCUUCAUGUACGGCGAGCUCACAGACAAGGACACGACGGAAAAAGUGCGACUGACGUUUGAGAAUUACGAGAUGAACUCGUUUGAAAUACUGAUGUACAAGAAAAACAGAACGCCUGUUUGGUUCUUUGUGAAGAUAGCGCCCAUACGGAACGAGCAGGAGAAGGUGGUCCUGUUCCUUUGCACCUUCAGCGACAUCACGGCCUUUAAACAGCCCAUUGAGGAUGACUCGUCCAAAGGCUGGGGGAAGUUCGCCCGACUGACCCGAGCCCUGACGAGCAGCAGAGGCGUCUUGCAGCAGCUUCAACCGACGGUGCACAAAGGAGAGAACGUCCACAAACACUCGCGACUAGCUGAGGUGCUGCAGCUCGGCUCAGACAUCCUCCCUCAGUACAAGCAAGAGACCCCCAAAACGCCGCCUCACAUCAUCCUCCACUACUGCCUCUUCAAGACCACGUGGGACUGGGUCAUCCUCAUCCUCACCUUCUACACGGCCAUCAUGGUGCCCUACAACGUGUCCUUCAAGACCAAGCAGAACAAUGUGACGUGGCUGGUGGUGGAUAGCAUUGUGGACGUCAUCUUCCUGGUGGACAUCGUCCUCAACUUCCACACCACCUUCGUGGGGCCCGCCGGCGAGGUCAUCUCCGACCCCAAGCUCAUUCGCAUGAACUACCUGAAGACCUGGUUCGUCAUCGAUCUUCUGUCCUGCCUGCCGUACGAUGUCAUCAACGCCUUUGAGAACGUCGAUGAGAAUUGGAACCACCAAGCUGUCACUCAAGGUAUCAGCAGCCUCUUCAGUUCCCUCAAAGUGGUUCGCCUCCUCCGUCUGGGUCGGGUGGCCCGGAAGCUGGACCACUACAUCGAGUACGGCGCGGCGGUGCUGGUUCUGCUGGUGUGCGUUUUCGGGCUGGCGGCUCACUGGCUGGCCUGCAUUUGGUACAGCAUCGGCGACUACGAGGUCAUCGAUGAGGAAACCAACAUCGUGCGCAUGGACAGCUGGCUGUACAUCCUGGCCGAGACGGUGGGCACGCCGUACCGCUUCAACGCCAGCGGCACAGGAAAGUGGGAGGGCGGCCCCAACAAGGACUCCGUCUACAUCACCUCCUUAUACUUCACCAUGACCAGCCUCACCAGCAUCGGCUUUGGGAACAUCGCCCCGACCACCGACGGAGAGAAGAUCUUCGCGGUGGCCAUGAUGAUGAUCGGAUCGCUCCUCUACGCCACCAUCUUCGGUAACGUGACCACCAUCUUCCAGCAAAUGUACGCCAACACCAAUCGCUACCACGAGAUGCUCAACAGCGUGCGGGACUUCCUCAAGCUCUACCAGGUACCCAAGGGCCUGAGCGAAAGGGUCAUGGACUACAUUGCGUCCACCUGGUCCAUGUCGCGGGGGAUCGACACCGAAAAGGUGCUGCAGAUUUGCCCCAAGGACAUGAGAGCAGACAUCUGCGUCCAUCUCAACCGGAAGGUGUUCAAAGAGCACCCGGCCUUCCGACUGGCCAGCGACGGCUGUCUGCGGGCGCUGGCCAUGGAGUUCCAGACCAUCCACUGCGCACCCGGGGACCUGAUCUACCACGCUGGUGAAAGCGUGGACAGCCUGUGUUUCGUGGUGUCGGGGUCGCUGGAGGUCAUUCAGGAUGACGAAGUGGUGGCCAUUCUAGGAAAAGGGGACGUAUUCGGCGACGUCUUCUGGAAGGAGGUGACGCUCGCUCAGGCGUGCGCCAACGUCCGAGCUCUGACCUACUGCGACCUCCACGUCAUCAAACGCGACGCCCUGCAGAAGGUGCUGGAGUUCUACACGGCUUUCUCCAAUCACUUCUCCCGCAAUCUGCUGCUCACGUACAACCUGAGGAAAAGGAUGGUCUUCCGAAAAAUCAGCGACGUGAAACGAGAGGAGGAAGAGCGACAGAGACGGAAAAACGAAGCCCCUCUGAAUUUACCGCCAGAUCACCCGGUACGGAAGCUCUUCCAGCGCUUCCGGCAGCAGAGGGAGGCUCGUACCGCCACGGAGAAACCGUGCGAAGAGCACGACGUUGAAAAGGGGCCCGUGUACGUGGACGUUCCCAAAACGGCCAUCAUCACCACCAGCAUCGUCACGGUAACGGAAAGCCCGGCCACGCCGUCGUCGUCAUCGGCGGCGCCGUCGUCGUCGUCAUCACCCCCCGGCGGCGCUCCCGCCGAUAAAUUGAAGCUGCAGGUUCCCGUCUCCCUGGUGGGGGGUCGGGCGGCGGAGUCGGGCAAAGUGGUUAAAGGCUGGGGACGCUUCAAAGAAUCCAUGGCCAAACCCGACAACUGGAAGACGGUGUCCAAAGCGGAAUCCAUGGAGACUUUACCCGAGCGGACCAAAGGUCAUGAAUCCCAGAUGUCCCUGAAGAAGACGGACUCGUGUGACAGCGGCAUCACCAAGAGCGAUCUCCGCCUGGACAAAGUCAGUGACUUCCGUUUGACCCCACAGGACCGAAGCCCCGUCCAGCCCCCGGAGACCAGACGCUCUUUCUACCCGAUCCCGGAGCAAACGCUCCAAGCGUCGCUUCAGGAACUCAAACUGGAACUGAAGGAUGACCUGAAGAACCUGAACGUUCGAAUGUCCGGUCUGGAGGCGCAGCUCAACGAGGCACUUCAGCUCCUCAAAGCGAGGACGCCCACCGCCGCCAGCUCGCCGCAGCAUCUCUUUGACAUCUCCAGACCAGCGUCGCCGGAAGUGGACAACAAGGAGGACAUCUUCUCUUGAGAGUUAACAGGAAGCAUCCGGCGACAUUUUGCUGUAAGCUCAGCUGGCAUCCGGUAAAUGUCCAGCUUACGCGGAUAGCUGAGGCCCCCCCCCCAGCACGCGAAGGCGACACUCGACCGGCCUCGAUGGCGGGCGUCACGCCGAGAAGCCGAGACGGAAGCUCCGGGGUAACACUCGCCAGCCGUUAAUUUGUAGAUACUAAAUCCACUUAACGGGAAAAACAGCGAGGUUUGAAAACGGCAUGACUCCAACGUUGGUGUUCGAUUCCUUGCAUGUCACACGAAGUAUAUCGCGCCUCAGCUUGCAGAUGCUGCCUGUUUGAUUUAAGCGAGGCAUCUCUUUUUGCGUUAUUUCGGCGUAGGCUGCAAAAGAGGACAGACGAGAGUUGUACCGCCAGCCCGAGCGAGCGAGCAAGCGAGCGAGUGAUGUACGCUCUUUUAUUACGGCGCCGUUGAAGGCUCGUUAUGAAUUAUACAACAGCAAACUCCGCAGACGUCUUCCGGCAAAAGCAGUUACUGUGAUGAACGGCGAGGGAGGGGAGGGGGUGCUUGAUGAGAAACGGGGUACGCUUUAAGCUAGCGUGACACUUAAAACUUUCACAUAGCAUGAAAACCAUGCAUAACCAGACACUACAACUCAUUUCUAUAUUAUUAUAUUUCAUUUACACAAUAAUAUCACUGCAGAAUACAAAUGGAAGUUUUUUUUUUUUUGUAGAGCGUCUGGGGUUGAAGGUUAAUUAUUUACAUUUUUGUACCACUGGUUUGCAUGCAGGCUUUAUUGUAAAAAAAAAAAAAAAAAAAAUGGAAAACCUAAUAUGUUUGCAAAGCAGGGGGCCACUUUUUGGUGGGUUCUAUAUACAUUUGGAGGAAAUAUGCCAACAUAUUGUGUGCAUUCAUUUCCAUUGGACAUCGCCUUCUGGUUUUAAAUACUACAAAAUAUAUAUAUAUAUAUAUAUUUAAAAAAAAUCAUAAUAAAUUAAAUCUCCAUACAUAUUUUUUUUUUCAAAAUGCCCAAAUAUAUUCACAACCACUGUAUAUGAAAAUGCAAAUUAUUUUUUAAAUGAAGGUUUUAUCAUUAAGAUUAAAAUACCAUUGUUAUCAAUCGAAAGGUAUUUUAUUCUGUCCACUUAAUAAUAAAAAAAACAUGUCUACAAAUAAGCAAACAAUUUGUGGUGAAUUUCAUGGCUUACAUUAUACAUUUUUUAUCAGGAAAUUAGAGCUCUUUUAAAUAUGAAGUAUUUAAAAGAGCUCUAAUAAAUAUGAAGUAUUUAAAAGUACGAUAAUUCAUAAAUCCAUUUCAUCGAACGAUAAAAAAAUGUUUUGGUUUCAAACAGAAUGAACACUGGGGGGGUGGGAAAAAUGGAAAAGUGUCGAAAAAAAUAACAUUGCGCGCUCAUAGACUUUGUCGCUGGCUACAUUGCCGAAACGUUACAUGCAGGCGACUAAUGUCUCACACAGCUACACUACACUUGACUACUAUCUAGUGGUUUAAAUGUGAAUUACACCUCAUGACAAUUAAUGGUCCAAAAAAAUAUUGUCGAUAAAGUCGUUUAUCGACGAUAAUUCGUAGCACAUCAGCAAAAUGUGUUUAUUGUGACAGGCUUAUAUGAAUGUAUAUAUUUUAUAAAGUCUUUAUUUAUUAAAGUCUUGUCACGAUAGUUGAUAAAUCCAUUUCAUCGAACGAUAAAAAAAUGUUUUGGUUGCAAACAGAAUGAACAUGGUAACUUGGGGGGUAGGGGGGAAUGGAAAACUGUGGAAAAAAAAAUGCGCGCUCACAGACGAUGUCGCUAGCUACAUUGCCGAAACAUACAUGCAUGCGACUAAUAUCUCACACAACUACACUUAACAUUAAACGUGAGUACUAUCUAGUGCAGGGGUCAGCAACCCGCGGCUCCAGAGCCGCAUGUGGCUCUCCAGCCUCUUUGUUGCGGCUCCCUUUGCAAUGCUUUAAUAUUUUUUAGCACCCGUGUGGUGAAAAUGCACGUCUUUGUUAUGAGUUUACAAAAAUCCAACUUUGUGUGAGACCAUGAAUGCAUCCUGACUGAGUUCUGACUGGUGACUGAAUGAGCAGACAGGAUGCUAUCCAGUUCUCUCUGACAGGUUAACAUGAAGGGAAAUGAGUAAUACUUUGAGUUAUUUGAGUUAUUAAUUAUUAUUAAUGAGUUAUUUGACGAUUCUAAAAAAUAAAUUAGAGCUCAUUUAAAAACAAAAGUUUAUCUCCAGUACUAGCAAGAGUACUCCAACUCGUCUUUUUUUUCCCCCUCCAAUGUUGUUUUAAACAUACAACGUUUUGCGGCUCCAGGCUAUUUUUCUUUAGUGGGCAAGUGGGUGAAAUGGCUCUUUUCAUAGUAAAGGUUGCCAACCCCUGAUCUAGUGGUUUAAAUGUGAAUUACACCUCAUGACAAUUAAUAGUCCAAAAAAAUAUUGUCGAUAAAGUCGUUUAUCGACGAUAAUUCUACUAUCUAGUGGUUUAAAUGUGAAUUACACCUCGUGAGAAUUAAUGGUCAAAAAAAAUAUUGUCGAUAAAGUCGUUUAUCGACGAUAAUUCGUAGCACAUCAUCAAAAUUAGUUUAUCAUGACAGGCCUAUAGGUAUGUAUAUAUUUUAUGGCCACUCAUUAAUAAAUGAAAGCAAUAAUUAGGGAUGUUCUGCUGUUCUUCAUGUAGGGUGUAAUGAGUUACAUGGACACUAGCGAUCAUUCGAAAACAAACUUUUGUUAAGUAGUCAAUUUUUUUCUUUCAGUGUCCAAAAAAAAAAAAAAUCUCUAUUCUCAUAUUAUUCAUUAUUCAUAUGGAUCAUUUUUUUCCUUUUUUUUUACAUGGCUUAUCUUUUAUCAGAAGAAGAGGCAGGCUGGGAAGGAUGCAGCAGCAAACGCUAUCAAAAAUUCAGCCGACUAAAAAUAAAGAGAUGGGCUUGUCAUCACAGGCGGGAUAUGUUUGUGCGGGAGGAAAAUAGGUCUUUAAAAAUAUCCGCUAUUUCACACCUACAUCGCUCCACAAUGCAGCAGCUCCUAUUCCACAAACACAAAUGACAACAUUUCUGACUUCUUUGAAAGGGGAAGCCGUGCUUUUAACGUGUAGCGUGUUGAUACGUUGAACAUGUUUAAUCAGGCCUACGCACUGAGCCUAUUUGAAUUGAUUAUCUCGCAGCUCUAACGUGAGCCGUGGAUUAAUGUGUCGCUAAUCUCAUUAGCUACAAAGGAAUAAAGCUUUUUCAAUGUCACACGGCUUGGCUAAUUGGCCCGCGCCGCAAUUAGCUGAUGACAUGUGCGACCUCGCAUUUUACAAAAGUGUGGCCCUUCCGCCUCCGAAACCACACGGGUUAUUGAUGGGGUCUUUAUGAUAUAGAGUGCGGACAUAACUCCGAGGCGUAGAUCGGUGGUAAUUGUGAAAGGUGUGUGCAUCUUACCGUAUCCUUGUUUCAUACAUCAGCCACAGCCAAUCAGGAAGGGGUUGCUAUUGUGGUAUGGAAGUGCCGCGUUUAAAAAUAUUAAUAUUUACUAAUAAUAUAUUUUAUAUAUUAUAUUAUAUUAUAUAAAA